UAAAGUUCAUGAAAUGAUUCGACAAAAUAAUUAACAAAUUACAAAGUUCAGGAUACGACAACUCCGUGCGGGAAACAUUUCAGUUGGAAAUCGUAGCCGGAAUCAAGGACUGAAACUUUGGAGAUGGCAGCGACGGCGUUAGAGAAGCUUUUGCAAGCGGGCACUAAGAUCGUCGGAGUCGGCAGAAACUACGCCGCCCACGCCAAAGAACUCGGCAACGCCGUCCCCAAGGAGCCCGUGCUUUUCCUCAAACCGACGUCGUCUUACUUGAAGAACGGCGGCACGAUCGAAGUCCCUCACCCUCUGUUGUCGUUGGACCAUGAGGUAGAGCUGGCGGUGAUAAUCUCCCAGAAAGCUCGCGAUGUUCCGCAAUCCACAGCCAUGGAUUACGUCGCCGGUUAUGCACUUGCUCUGGAUAUGACUGCCAGAGAAAUUCAAGCUUCUGCUAAGUCUGCAGGUCUUCCAUGGACCAUAGCUAAGGGGCAGGACACCUUCACACCAAUCAGUUCCGCACUGCCCAAGGAAAUGGUGCCAAACCCGGAUGAUAUAGAGUUGUGGCUGAAGGUAGAUGGAGAAUUGAGGCAGAAAGGCUCAACCAAGGACAUGAUAUUUAAACUCCCGUUUCUCAUCAGCCACAUAAGUUCCAUUAUGACACUUCUCGAAGGAGAUGUAAUACUAACAGGCACUCCCCAAGGUGUUGGCCCAGUAAAAAUAGGUCAAAAGAUAACUGCUGGCAUAACCAACCUCGUGGAUGUUCAGUUCAAUGUCGAAAAACGGAAGAGCCAAGCAAGUUCUUGAGCUAGUUGAAUUUGCGUUCUGGUGCUAUUGUAUUUGACUCUCGGAUUAAACAUCUUACGAGGUGGUAUUUGAACAUGUCCAUUUGUUUUGUUCUUCACGUUUGGAGUUAGAUUAAAAUGGAGUGAAAUAAAGAAUGUAGGCGUAGAAUGAACAUUUUUCGGAUGGAAAUAAAUUUCAGUUUAUUA